AUGGCGGCCGCACUGGCGGCUCCGAGCGGCGGCUCCGGCUCCGCGACGGCGGGCGCGGCUCGCGGACCGGCGCUGCGGGAGGGCGCCCGGGUGUCCGCGCUCUGCCUGGCCUGGUACGGGCUGAGCGCGGGCGGGAACGUGGUGAACAAGCUGCUGCUGGGCGGCUUCCCGCGGCCAGUCACCGUCUCGCUCUUCCACAUCCUGGGGCUCUGUGGCCUCCUGCCGCCGCUGCUGCGCGCUUGGCGCGUCCCUCCGGCCGGGCCCGCGCAGCUACCGCCCCGCGCCUACCCCCGCUACAUCCUGCCGCUCGCCUUCGGCAAGUACUUCGCCUCCGUGUCGGCGCACGUCUCGCUCUGGCGGGUGCCGGUGUCCUACGCGCACACAGUAAAGGCAACAAUGCCAAUAUGGGUGGUUCUGCUGUCAAGAAUUAUAAUGAAAGAAAAACAGACUACAAAGGUGUAUUUAUCACUGAUCCCUAUAAUCAGUGGUGUUCUGCUGGCUACAGUCACUGAACUCUCUUUUGAUAUGUGGGGACUCAUCAGUGCUCUUGCUGCUACACUCUGUUUCUCGCUUCAGAACAUCUUUUCUAAAAAGGUGUUGAGAGAUUCCAGAAUACAUCAUCUUCGGCUGCUAAACAUACUCGGGUGUCAUGCUGUGUUCUUCAUGAUCCCAACAUGGGUUUUGGUGGAUCUUUCUUCCUUUUUAGUAGAAAAUGACUUGAGUACAGUAUCCCACUGGUCCUGGACUUUAAUGCUGCUCAUAAUCAGUGGAUUUUGUAACUUUGCCCAGAAUGUCAUUGCCUUCAGUAUCCUUAACUUAAUCAGCCCAUUAAGUUACUCUGUUGCAAAUGCCACAAAAAGGAUCAUGGUCAUUACAGUUUCCCUUAUAAUGCUUCGAAAUCCAGUCACCAGCACCAACGUUCUUGGGAUGCUGACUGCAAUCUUAGGAGUAUUCUUGUAUAACAAGACAAAAUAUGAUGCGAAUCAGGAAGCAAAGAAGCAGCUACUUCCAGUUACAACUGGAGACCUUGUGAAUCUGGAACAUCACCGGAACACUCCUGAAAAGUCUCAGAAUGGACUCAUGGCAUUCGCACAACAUGGAGAUUAUCAGUAUGGCCGAGCCAAUGUCUUAACAGAUCACUUCCAGUAUAACAGGCAAAACUAUCCAACCACAUACAACUUAAAUCGAUAUGAUGUAUAGGAUUCUGAUAAGCAGUAUAGACUGUAACACAAAGUUUUCCCCAGCAUUAUCAGAAACUUCUGGCAUGCCCUUGAAUGUAAAGCUGUAGAUUGUAUAGGUUCUUCAGAGGGGAAGAUGCAUGUGUAUCAAAAGUGGUACAGACUUUCAUCUUCAGCAAAGCAGGUCUCUA